AUGUCAUCACGAAUGUAUUGGAAUACCCCUAUUCUGUCACCAUUCCUUCUAGUUAAUCAUACCAAUAUGAAUGUGUCUAAUAAUAAAAAUUUAAAAAGAUCAAGAUCUACUGAGUUUAUUGAAAAAGCUUUGAAAAGAUCAAAACCAUUUCAAGAUGAAGAACCAUCAAAAUCUACUUUGAAUGAAUUGAGUAUCGGCAAUAGCAAUAAUAUCCAUCAUAAUCAUACACCAUGUCAAUCAUCUAUUCCAACCAACUCUAUAUACCCAAAUUCAAUGAAAACUAUAUCCAUUUCAACAAGAACUACUUCUCAUGAACCUUCUAAUGAUUAUUAUCGAUACAUGAAUGGUCUACUUCAUUCAAUUCAUAUUGAACGAUUUGGUGAUCCAGAAAGGCGAGAAAGCUGGUGGGAAGCGCCAAACAAUAAUAUGGAAAUAGAUAAAAUGGAAUCAGAUAAUGAAGAAUACCAACCUGUCAAUUCAAUAUUGAAACAGGCAUUUUUACAAAGACAUCAACCAUCAUAA